CAGUUCCUUUACAUGGCCACAUAAACAAUUUCAUAGGCUCAUCUCUUCAAAGCAAACCCAAAACCCCCUCUUCACCAAAAACCCUAACGAGCAUCUUCAAAUGUAAUCAAAACCCCACUGAGAAAGGAUUAAAAACCAGAACAAUCCCCCAAAAAAUGUCGUGUUACUCAGCUAUAUUUCAGGGUUAUCUCAGGACAACCGCCAUGUCUCUGCGACCUGCUUCCCUCCAACUUAACAACUCCCCUAAAAUCCUUUUAAAACCAUGUUCAUUUUCCUUUGUCCCCAGGACCCAAUCCCCUGGUUCUUUCCGGCGUUUGCAUUUGAGGAAUGGCCUCGUUAGGUGCUCAAAGUCUGGGACUGCUGCUUCUUCUUCCAGGACUAUUGCCUUGGAUUGGAGGAACGUUGCCUUGCCUUAUUCGGAGCUGCAAAGCUCUAAUUAUGGCCGUUAUGCUUACCAGGAUGUUUCCGGCGAUGAUUCGGACCAUGAAUUUGGGUCUCCACAGUCUCAGAGUCAAAUGGGUGCUUCAACGCUUGAUAAUAUUGAUGAAUGGAGAUGGAAAUUGACUAUGCUUCUUCGUAACAAAGAUGAGCAAGAGGUAGUAUCUAGGGAGAGGAAGGAUAGGCGUGACUUUGAGCAACUUUCAGCUCUGGCAACGAGAAUGGGUUUAAAUAGUCGUCAAUAUGCAAAGGUGGUUGUUUUUAGUAAACUUCCAUUGCCGAAUUAUAGAUCUGAUCUUGAUGAUAAGCGUCCACAAAGAGAGGUGGUCUUACCUUUUGGCUUGCAAAGAGAUGUAGACCUUCACCUCAAAGCUUACCUUUCUCAUAAGGCUAUGAGCAGUGGUAGGUCUCUGGAUAAGCCCUUGAUUAGAUCAAAUAGUGGUGGAAUACCUGCUGCAGAUGAAGUACCUGUUAAUCCAGAGCCCUUUGCACAGAAUAGUGUUGCCUUGGAGAGAAUUCUUCGACGGAGAAGUUUGCAAAUACGUGAUAAGCAACAAGAAUGGCAGGAGUCUCCUGAAGGCCAAAAGAUGCUUGAAUUUCGUAGAAGCUUGCCUGCAUAUAAAGAGAGAGAUGCAUUGCUAAAUGCUAUCUCACAGAAUCAGGUGGUUGUUGUCUCUGGCGAAACUGGUUGUGGUAAAACCACACAACUUCCUCAGUACAUAUUAGAAUCUGAGAUUGAAGCUGCUCGUGGAGCUUCCUGUAGUAUUAUAUGUACUCAGCCUAGAAGAAUAUCUGCUAUGGCUGUUUCUGAAAGAGUUGCUGCUGAAAGAGGGGAGAAAUUGGGAGAAUCUGUCGGCUAUAAAGUACGCCUUGAGGGAAUGAAAGGGAGAGACACUCGCCUCCUUUUUUGUACAACUGGAAUUUUACUUAGGCGACUACUUGUUGACAGAGAUUUGAGAGGUGUAAGUCAUGUUAUUGUUGAUGAGAUUCAUGAACGAGGAAUGAAUGAAGAUUUUCUUCUUAUUGUGUUGAAAGAUCUCCUUCCACGUCGGCCAGAGUUGAGGUUGAUUUUGAUGAGUGCAACCUUAAAUGCUGAACUCUUUUCUUCUUACUAUGGUGGUGCCCCAACAAUCCAUAUUCCUGGUUUUACAUAUCCUGUACGAGCACAUUUUCUGGAGAAUAUUCUAGAGAUGACUGGAUACAGGUUAACUCCAUAUAAUCAAAUUGAUGAUUAUGGUCAAGAAAAGAUGUGGAAAAUGCAGAAGCAGGCCCAAUCUUUUAAAAAGAGGAAGAGUCAGCUAACUUCUGCUGUUGAGGAUGUGCUUGAAGAUGCUGAUUUCAGGGGAUGUAGUUUACGCACACGAGAAUCUUUGUCCUGUUGGAAUCCUGACUCAAUUGGCUUCAAUCUCAUUGAGCAUGUUCUUUGCCACAUAGUGAGGAAAGAGAGGCCUGGUGCUAUUUUGGUUUUCAUGACUGGUUGGGAUGACAUAAAUUCUCUAAAAGGUCAGCUCCAGGCACAUCCUCUCCUAGGUGACCCUAGCAAGGUGUUGUUGCUUGCAUGCCAUGGUUCCAUGCCUAGCUCUGAGCAGAGGUUAAUAUUUGAAAAGCCAGAAGAUGGAGUGAGGAAAAUAGUUCUAGCUACUAAUAUGGCUGAGACUAGCAUCACCAUCAAUGAUGUGGUUUUUGUGGUUGAUUGUGGAAAGGCAAAAGAAACAUCCUAUGAUGCAUUAAAUAAUACUCCUUGUUUGCUUCCAUCUUGGAUAUCAAAGGCUGCUGCCCGGCAAAGAAGGGGAAGAGCUGGUCGUGUUCAACCUGGCGAGUGUUACCAUCUUUAUCCCAAAUGUGUUUACGAUACUUUUGCUGAUUAUCAACUUCCAGAGCUUUUAAGGACACCAUUGCAGUCUUUAUGUUUGCAAAUCAAAAGUCUAGAGCUUGGAGGUAUCACCGAGUUCCUUUCUAGGGCAUUGCAGCCUCCGGAACUUCUGUCGGUACAAAAUGCUGUUGAAUAUCUGAAGAUUAUUGGAGCUUUAGAUGAAAACGAGAAUUUGACAGUGCUAGGACGCAACUUGUCAAUGCUUCCGGUUGAGCCUAAACUUGGAAAAAUGCUGAUACUGGGUGCUAUUUUCAACUGUUUGGAUCCAAUAAUGACUGUUGUUGCUGGGCUCAGUGUCCGUGAUCCAUUCCUGAUGCCAUUUGAUAAGAAGGAUCUUGCUGAAACGGCAAAAGCCCAAUUCGCUGGCCAGGAAUACAGUGAUCAUAUUGCAGUUAUCCGAGCCUAUGAGGGUUGGAAAGAAGCUGAAAGGGAGCAGUCUGGUUAUGAGUAUUGUUGGAAGAAUUUUCUUUCUGCACAAACUCUCAAGGCUAUUCACUCUCUACGAAAGCAGUUCUUCUAUUUGCUCAAGGAUGCUGGUCUAGUUGAUCAAAAUGUAGAAAACUGCAAUAAGUGGAGCCACGAUGAACAUCUUGUCAGGGCAGUUAUUUGUGCUGGCUUGUUUCCAGGGAUAUGCUCUGUUGUGAACAAAGAGAAGUCAAUUGCAAUGAAAACAAUGGAGGAUGGUCAAGUUCUUUUACACUCGAAUUCGGUGAAUGCUGAAGUUCCCAAAGUUCCAUACCCUUGGCUGGUUUUCAAUGAAAAGGUAAAAGUGAAUGCAGUAUUCCUCCGCGAUUCAACUGGUGUUUCUGAUUCCAUACUGCUCUUAUUUGGAGGGAACAUCUCUAGAGGUGGACUAGAUGGACAUCUGAAGAUGUUGGGAGGAUAUUUGGAGUUCUUCAUGAAACCUGCUUUAGCUGUUAUGUAUUUAAGCGUGAAAAGAGAGCUAGAAGAACUAAUUCAGAGGAAACUUUUGGAUCCUACAUUAGACAUGCAUUCUAGCAAUGAGCUCCUCUCGGCAGUAAGAUUGCUGGUCUCAGAAGAUCGAUGUGAAGGUAGAUUUGUCUUUGGCCGUCAGGUGACGUUGUCUUCAAAGAAGACAGCCACUGUUAAAACACCAGGUAAGAGCGAGGCUGAUAAUUCGAAGAAUCAUCUGCAAACAGUCCUUACCAGGGCUGGACAUGGACCACCCACUUACAAGACAAAGCAACUAAAGAACAACCAGUUCCGAUCUACAGUCAUCUUUAAUGGGCUGGAUUUUGUUGGGCAGCCUUGUAGCAGCAAGAAACUUGCAGAAAAGGAUGCAGCUGCUCAGGCUUUACUGUGGUUGAGGGGUGAAGACCAUUCAACUUCCCGAGAUAUUGACCAUGCCUCAUUGCUUCUUAAAAAGAGCAAAAGCCGGAGGAAAACUUCAGUCAGUGAUGCUAAGUGGAGUUAAGUCUAGAUAUUUAGGUGGAUAAUGUGUCAUCGUUAUCACUUAGCAGCGAAGCAGAAAGACAACAGUCCUGAGGCACCACAAUCUCGGAGUUCAGUCUUUCUAUGGAAUUUUAUUGAACCUAUGACAUGCCGACGUUUAGAACCCUUGUUUUUUAAUGGGAUGGAAGGUAAUACCCCUUUAGAGGCCAAAACUUAAGUGAAAGAUCCCAUGGAGGCAGAAGCUGGAGAAAAUGGCCAAUUUGGAAAGGGCCAAAACUUAAGUGAAAGAUCCCAUGGAGGCAGAAGCUGGAGAAAAUGGCCAAUUUGGAAAGGGUGUUACCUUUGUCGGCUCUCGUUCAAGGUGAGUGCUAUUACUUCAUAUUUUGUUGCUACUGGUUUAGCCAUAAGUUAUAAAUCAAUUUUUUUUUUAUCGAAACUAGGAGUUGACAAUAGUUAUAGAUUUAUCCAAGGCUUUUGUAUGGUUAUUUAUGAGAAAGCCUUUCGAUCACAGCUUGUAAUAAACUACCACUGACUAGGUUUACAGUCUCUUGUUGGUCCUAGUUGGGAAUCCUUAUAUACUAAAAUCCUUAAAGAACAUAUGCUUUAGACCUUGAUUAUUGAUCA